AUGCGGCAAAACACGAUAGUAGUUCCCCCCGAGAUACCCGCCCCCAGCGAUUUCGUCUCUUGUCUACACGUGGCCAUGCGCUGCUUCUGCGGCGUCAACAAACGGGUCUACGUCAACGAUCAUCCUAAUCGCUGUCCCCUGCUGCUCAACCCGAUGCCUGUGCUACAACCGCUUGGAUGGCACCGUUCCACCUUUUGGACCAGCCGAUUCCUUCGUCGACAUUUCGUCUCUUGUCUACACGUGGCCAUGCGCUGCUUCUGCGGCGUCAACGAACGGGUCUACGUCAACGAUCAUCCUAAUCGCUGUCCCCGCUGCUCAACCCGAUGCCUGUGCUACAACCGCUUGGAUGGCACCGUUCCACCUUUUGGACCAGCCGAUUCCUUCGUCGACGUUGGUAACCGCCCGUCUUUGUACUCAAAGCGCUCCAGUGAUACAUGUCUGCUGCUCUUCCCUGGCCCAAGUGUUAUAUAUGACAAUGUCUCUGAGUGCUUUCAUGUCCUCAAGUUACUUUUGUGCGGGGAUAUUGAAUCAAACCCAGGACCGGACGAUAAGGUGCUGACAGCUAUUGCUAGCCUUUCAGCUAAAGUAGACUCGCGUCAUGCGGAACUUCUUGCCGUACUUAACCAAGUUCAAACCAAUCAAUCUUUAUUAGAACAGAAAGUAACCGACCUUUCUAGCAGGCUAGCGACAGUUGAGACGAUGGUAGAAUCAUAUGACUCGGGUCACCAUAUUCCUGAUCUUCCGCAAGCAGUAAAUACAGUCAUAAGAAACGAAACGACUGCUCUUCAUUCCCGACUUGACGAGUUGGAAGAUCGCUCUCGUAGAGAUAAUUUGAUAUUUUUUGGCAUUGCUGACAAUGUUUCUGAAGGUUGGGCGCAGAGUGAAAAAAUAAUCACUGACCUUAUAUCUCAAAAACUUGACCUCAACCUAUCAAAUGAAGCAAUACAGCGUGCGCAUAGGCUUGGUGCCUAUGUUCCCAAUAAGUGCCGGCCUAUUAUUGUUAAAUUUCAGUCGUCAAAAAUAAAGGAUAACGUUUUUUAUCAGAGGAAGAAGUUUCAACCCUCUAAGGUGUCAGUUAGUGAAGAUUUCUCGAGGGCAACACGACAAUGCCGAAAAAAGUUACAUGAAUUUGGUAAAAACUCUGGACAGCCGUACUCGCUACGAGUAAACAAAUUGUAUAUUAACAAGACUGUCUAUGUGUAUUGCCAUGUUACCGACCGUGUGUGCGAACUUGAGACACGCGAGGAGCGCAACAACAGUAACAUUGGUAAUGCUUCCCCCGUCACUCUUCCAGCUGCUGCCAGUUUACCCGCCCCAGCAACAUAGCUAGCACGAACGCAAUCAGCCAGUCAGGUGUCCCUGCUGUAUUCCAAUGUGCGUAGUGUGUGUAACAAGCGCGACGACUUAUCUUCCGUUAUCGACACGUGUUCUGCGGAUGUGGUACUGCUCACAGAAACUUGGCUCUCUUCCGCUAUUCAUGACUUUGAAAUAUUGCACUGCGAAGCGGGCUACAAAAUUUAUCGUUCGGAUCGUACUGGUAGUCGAGGCGGUGGUGUGUUGAUAGCUGUCCGGGAUACUUUCAUCUCUAGUGCGAUUAUGGUCGACACCAACUUAGAAUUUGUUAGCGCAUGUGUAUUUACAGGGCAUAGAAAGUUCAUUUUCAGUGUGUGCUAUAAACCGCCACAGUCUUCAACAGCAUUUUGUCAAGAAUUACAUGAUGUCCUAAAUAAGUUGACUGUGCGGUUUCCCAAAUGUCCUUUAUUUCUUUUUGGAGAUUUUAACUUGCCUUCUAUAAUCUGGUCUACUGACCCGCCAAGUCUUGUGGAAAAUUCAAUAGAAUGUUCGUCAUUUUUGAAUGUUUGUUUAGAUUUUAACCUUAAGCAACUGGUACUUCAGCCUACUCGUUGCUCACCUCAUUCUGCCAAUGUACUAGAUUUGCUGCUUACGACCACUCCAGAACUCGUCUCACCCCUAGUAUUUAUGCCCGGUCUAAGUGAUCACUGUUUUAUUCACUGUAGUAUUCAUGCCCAUUUACCUUGCACGAAGCAAGUUAAAUUUAUUAAAGAUUAUAAAAACGCCAAUUUUGCUGCAAUAAAUAAUGAACUUGCUAAUUUCA